AUGCUCAAUAGAUUGUACGGAAGACAGCACGGAGUGGUUGGCUCGCGACCUCGCGUGACGCAAGACACAGAUGACGUCCACGAGGCAGAGGCUUUUCGGACCAUGUGUUUGCAGGAGAUAUCUGCCAAGAUCGAGAAGAUCAACGACCCGUUGCUUCAAAACUCUCAGAUCAGGGACCUUAACGACGAAUUGAACAAGCUCAUGCGGGAACGGCGCGCAUGGGAUCAUCGUGUGAAGGAACUUGGCGGGCCUGAUCACCUCAGAACGUCUGCUGUAGCCGAUGGCUCUGUCAUGGUGAACAAUUACCGGUAUUUUGGCAGAGCGAAACAGCUACCAGAGGUGGAACGAUUACUUAAGUCUAGAGAACAGGAGAACGCGUCUGCGUCCGGAAACGCAAAAGAGCGGUUUUUGCGAUUGAAUCAGACAGAUCUGGGGCCGGCGUACUACGGAUAUGAAGACGAGAACGAGCUGGACUUGCGGAUUCCUAAUGUCACGGCCCAGGAGACUCCAGAAGAGUGUGCUUUACUGGAGUUUGAGCGCAAACGGACACAAGAGCUGCGGACUAGCGGUUUUGAGAAGAGUGCUGUAUUCGACUUGCCUCAGCUCCCUACUGAGCAAGAGUACCAAGACGCCGUGGUAGCACUCAGAAAGCAGCAGUUACUGGAGAGACUGAAAAAUCGGUAA